GCCGGAUGUGCGUGACUCGCGUCCUGCGGAAGUAAACAAUCCUCAGCUGACGUGGAGCUGCAGCCUGUCACCACCGGCUGGACAAACUGGUCCAACUGGGACUGAAUCCAGAGGUUUAGAGGAGCAUUUGCGGCUCCAGUUUGUGCCUCGUGUUGACAUUCAUUAAAUGGGCUCUGCUGGUCCCGUCUGAACCUCCGGGAUCAAAAACGGUCGACGUUAACACACCGAAAUCCUCCAAGUGAAAAUGGCGGCGGCGGAGGAGGCCAGCAGACCGUUCGCGGGGCUGUCAGAUGUCUCCAUCUCGGAGGACAUCCCGGUGGAGGGGGACAUCUCUGUGCCCGUCGGACCGUCCGCCAGCCGGGACGACGAGUUCUCCACGCUGGACGAGCCGGUGAAGGAGACCAUCCUGCGGGAUCUGCGAGCGGUCGGGAACAAGUUCGUCCACGUCCUGUACCCGAAGCGGAGCACGGCUCUGCUGCGGGACUGGGACCUGUGGGGCCCGCUGCUGCUCUGCGUGACGCUGGCGCUGCUGCUGCAGGGCGGCGCGGCCGACAGCGACCUUCAGGGGGGGCCGCAGUUUGCUGAGGUCUUCGUCAUCGUCUGGUUCGGCUCCAUCAUCAUCACCCUCAACUCCAAGCUGCUUGGCGGCACCAUCUCCUUCUUCCAGAGCCUGUGUGUGUUGGGAUACUGCAUCAUGCCUCUGACGGUGGCCAUGGCCGUGUGUCGGAUCGUCCUGGUCGGCAGCUCGGGGAAGGUCAGCUUCGCCGUGCGGCUGGUGGUGGUGACGGUGUCCUUCGGCUGGUCCACCUUCGCCUCCACGGCCUUCCUCGCCGACAGCCAGCCGCCAAACCGCAAGGCGCUGGUGGUGUACCCGGUGUUCCUCUUCUACUUCGUGAUCGGGUGGAUGAUCCUAACGUUCUCGCCGUAACACUAGAAGAGGAAACAAAAAGGAAGUGUUUGUUGAACUGAUAAAGACGGGGGAGGGUUAUGUGCAGUGAACGAACUCAAACAAACACCGGUAUCUGCCUUGGAACGAAGACGAAUGACUACUGAAGUGACUCUGAGUGUUUCUGGGCUUCUGAUUAAGCAUUUAGACUCACAGGACACCAAAAUAUUUCCUUUCAGGCGAAGCUCUUACUCAUAUUCGGAGGAGUCUGGUGGACGCUGUGCGGCAGGUGGAGAGUUUAAAAGCUGAUGAAUUUGUUCACACUCACGAGCUGUGUAAAUAUAAAGUCCAGAGGCUUGUAUAUAGAAAUUCUCGAUGAAUGUUUGAACUACCAGGGCUAUGAUUGUUAUCGUUUUCUUCAUACUGUCUGAGGGACUCUGUUUCAAAACCAUCCUGACUGCUCUCAUUUUCAUACUCCGUUCAGCAGACUGUCGCGCUGUAAGACUGUACUCGUUUUUUUUCUGGUUCAGAAAAAAAUGCAUUAUAAAC